AUGUCUGAUCCUGUUGAUAAUAUUACUGCAAGACUCGGUUCUCUCGCUACAGCGCCCAAUGCGGAUCAACAACCACCCAAGGACGAAAAGCAACAUGAUGAGAAACCAGACGCUCAGUCUCAAAACAACUUGAUUCAAAGCACUCAUACUGUGCAAGUGAAGCUUGCAGAUCAACAAGCAGAUCCUAAUUCCCCUCUAUACUCUGUCAAAUCCUUUGAAGAACUUGGAUUGAGCCCCGAAUUAUUGAAGGGUUUAUAUGCAAUGAACUUUUCUAAGCCUUCCAAAAUCCAGGAAAGAGCUUUACCUUUAUUGAUCAGUAACCCUCCAAAAAACAUGAUCGGUCAGUCUCAAAGUGGAACAGGCAAAACUGCUGCCUUUGUUCUUACAAUGUUGACUAGAUUGAAUCCUGCUAUCAAUGUCCCACAGGCUAUCUGUUUAGCACCUUCCCGAGAACUUGCUCGACAAAUCAUGGAUGUCGUUUUGGCUAUGAGUAAAUUUACAAACAUUACCAGCAAGCUAGUUGUAAAGGAUUCGCUUAGAAGAAACGAGCCUAUUCAAGCUCAAGUUAUCGUGGGUACACCCGGUACUGUUGCAGAUGUCAUCAGAAAGAGACAACUACCCGUUCAAGCAGUUAAAAUCUUUGUUUUGGAUGAGGCUGAUAACAUGUUGGAUCAAGAUGGUUUAGGUGAUCAAAGUAUUCGUAUUAAAAAGAUGCUCAAGGGUAACCCUCAGGUUGUAUUGUUUUCAGCUACGUUCCCAGAUAAUGUACGAAAGUUUGCAGCUGGAUUUGCACCAAAUGCAAAUGAAAUAUCAUUGAAGCGUGAAGAUUUGAGCGUAGAUGCUAUUAAACAAUUUUAUAUGGAUUGCGAUAGUGAAGAGCACAAAUAUCAAGUACUAUGCAAUAUCUAUGAUUUAUUGACAGUUAGUCAAAGUAUUAUCUUUUGUAAGCGACGUGAUUCAGCAGACGAGAUCGCAAAGCGCAUGUCUCAGCAAGGACACUCUGUCAUUUCGCUUCACGGUAAAAUGUUACCAGAAGAACGUGAUAAGGCUAUGGAUGAUUUCAGAAGAGGAGAAUACAAGGUCUUGAUUACAACAAACGUUAUUGCUCGUGGUAUAGAUAUUUCACAAGUCUCGCUCGUUAUCAACUAUGACCUUCCACUUGACCAACGCAAUAAUGUUGAUUUUGAAGCCUACCUUCACCGAAUUGGUCGUACUGGUCGCUUUGGACGUACAGGUGUCAGUAUUAUACUUAUAGACAGUAAACAAAGCUGGGAACAGAUGAGACAAAUUGAAAAUCACUUUCAACGACCCAUUACUUAUGUACCAACUAGCGACUGGGAAAAAGUCGAAGAACAACUAAAGUCCUUAAUAUAA